CUGUUUUAGUCACACAUAAACAAUAACAAAAAGAGUUUUCUUCUGAGAAUUGCACACUGAUUUACACGUUGCGAAAGCUUAUAUUUAGCCUAUGACGUCAGCAAUUACUUCAUCAAAGUGCCGCGUUUGCAUUUGUGCACUCGACGCAGCUGUGUGCAGCUAUGAUAUGCGACAGCUGCCCGAAUUGGCGCACAAAUUCGCAACCUUGACAGAUUUAUCUCUCUACCAGUCGGAGUCUGAUCAACAGCAACAGCUGCCGAGUGAGCUGUGCCAAGUCUGCUUUGAGCAAUUGGAGGAGUCGUACGCAUUUCGUAGCAAGUGCAUAGCAGCCGAUGCACAAUGGCGCUUAGAAAUAUCUACAAAUAUUCCUUCAGAGGAUAUAGAAAAGAAUGCAUUGCCAAUGGCCAAUGAAGAGACUGAAAUAGAACUUCCCCAAUUAGAAGCUGCCGUUGAGAAUGCAAUAGUAGCCGUAGAUAUUAAUGCAUCACAGGACUUGCCAUCAAAGGAUUCGGAUUCAUGCAACGUUUGUGGCAUGCGUUUCUCGACGAAACAUCGGUUGAUAGCCCAUCAGCGUCAACACAAAGGCCUGCCCCCUUAUCCCUGCACAGAAGAGGGCUGUGGUCGAGCUUUUAAGCGUUAUCAUGGCCUGUCGGAGCACCUGAAAGAGCACUUGGUCACCAGCCGCUUCAGCUGCGAGCAGGAGGGCUGCGAUAAGGUUUAUCGGCAUAAGCCCACGUUAAUCAUGCAUAUGCGCAGGUGCCACAAGCUGGGCCCAGAGCUGAAGUCCCAUGUAUGCGAGUUCUGUGGCAAGGUCUUCAAUUCCAGUUCGGUGCUCAACGAUCAUCGCUACACGCACAAAGACCAAUCCGAACUGCCGCACGCCUGCCAGGAGGCGAACUGUUCGCGGCGCUUCUCCAGCAAAGAGAAACUCAAAGUGCAUCUGAUGCGCCAUGCGGGUAUCAAGAACUUCAGCUGCCCCUAUUGCGGCAUGCGGAAGACUACGAGAAAUGAGCUGAAGAUCCAUAUGAACUAUCACACGCUGGAGCGCACCUGGCCCUGUCGCUUCUGCUCAAAGGUGUGCAACAGCUCCGGCAAUCUGAAGAUGCAUGUGCGUGCAGUGCAUGAGCGCGCGCGGGACUACGCCUGCAGCUACUGCGAGCGCCGGUUCGCCAAGGCGGACACCCGCAAAUACCACGAAAUGACGCACACCGGAGAGAAGCCCUUCGAGUGCGAGGAAUGUGGCAAACGCUUCACACAGCCCGCAGCUCUACGCACCCAUCGCAAGAUCCACGAGCGACAGCGCACGGACUCUAGCACCAUAACGUAUACGCUCUUGCUGGCAGCGCCAAGUGACAUAAAUGCCUCUGGCGUGGAGCAGGCGAAUGAAUGCAGUUAAUAUUAGAUCUCUUAUAUAUAGAUGAGUGUGUGUCUAUCGAGUCACUUAAAGACGUCAAGUAAAGAUUGUGGACUUUGUUUAGACAGCCAAAUCAGUUGUUUGCUGCUAAAACUACACUCGAAUUUAGCUAAUCUCUAUAAAGGGUAUCAGCAAACGCAGCCUUUACUGCCGAUCUAUCUAUCUAUGUAUACAUUUUAAUCAAUGCCAAAUUCCAAAGUUCCUCAGUACAGUAAUCCCAUGGAACAGCAAUUAUAAUCUAA